GCUUCCAGGCACACAAAGGCCCCGCUGGUUGCUGGACUGUGCCAUUCUUUUCCCUCUCUCUGCUCACUGAGAGUAUCCAGAUCCAGGAGCUGGCAUGUCCCAGCUGGUGGAGUGUGUCCCCAACUUCUCAGAGGGAAACAACCAGGAGGUGAUCGAUGCCAUCUCCCGAGCCAUAACACAGACCCCGGGCUGCGUGCUGCUGGACGUGGAUGCUGGCCCCUCCACCAACCGCACUGUCUACACCUUCGUGGGGCGACCAGAGCAUGUGGUAGAGGGGGCCCUCAGUGCUGCCCGGGUGGCCUUUGGGCUCAUCGACAUGAGCAAACACAAAGGGGAACACCCUCGCAUGGGCGCCCUGGACGUGUGUCCCUUCAUUCCUGUGCGGGGCGUUGGCAUGGACGAGUGUGUGCUCUGUGCCCAGGCCUUCGGCCAACGGCUGGCAGAGGAGCUGGAUGUGCCAGUGUACCUCUAUGGCGAGGCAGCACGCACAGACAGUCGCCGGACCCUGCCAGCCAUUCGGGCCGGGGAAUAUGAAGCACUUCCUGAGAAGCUCCGGCAGACCGAGUGGAUGCCUGACUUUGGCCCCAGCUCCUUUGUUCCCCAAUGGGGGGCCACAGUCACGGGGGCACGGAAGUUCCUCAUCGCCUUCAAUAUCAACCUGCUCAGCACCAAGGAGCAGGCCCACCGCAUUGCCCUCAACCUACGGGAGCAGGGCCGUGGGAAGGACCAGCCAGGACGUCUGAAAAAGGUCCAGGGCAUUGGCUGGUACCUGGAUGAGAAGAACCUGGCUCAGGUGUCUACGAACCUUCUGGACUUCGAGGUCACAGGGCUGCACACAGUCUAUGAGGAGGCCUGUAGAGAAGCACAGGAGCUCAGCCUCCCGGUGGUGGGUUCUCAGCUGGUGGGCCUGGUGCCUCUGAAGGCCCUGCUGGAUGCGGCUGCCUUCUACUGUGACAAGGAGAACCUGUUCAUCUUGGAGGAGGAGCACCGCGUCAGGCUGGUGGUCAACCGUCUGGGUCUGGACUCCCUGUCCCCCUUCAACCCUAAGGAGCGGAUCAUUGAGUACUUGGUGCCUGAUGAGGGCCAGCCUGAGAAGAGCCUAGUCAGCAAGUCCUUACGUGCCUUCAUUGGGGACGUAGGUGCCCGCUCAGCGGCCCCUGGGGGUGGCUCAGUGGCUGCUGUUGCUGCAGCCAUGGGUGCAGCUCUGGCCUCCAUGGUAGGCCAGAUGACCUAUGGGCGGCGCCAGUUUGAGCACUUGGAUGCGACAAUGAGGCGCCUGAUCCCACCUUUCCACAUGGCCAUGAGCAAGCUGACUGCGCUAGUGGAUGCCGAUGCUGAGGCCUUUGCUGCCUACAUGGAAGCAAUGAAGCUGCCCAAGAACACCCCUGAGGACAGAGACAGGCGUGCGGCUGCCCUGCAAGAGGGGCUGAGGCAGGCGGUAGCUGUGCCACUGACACUGGCAGAGACGGUAGCAGAGCUGUGGCCAGCACUGCAGGAGCUGGCCCUGUGUGGGAACCUGGCCUGCCGGUCGGACCUGCAGGUGGCAGCCAAAGCCUUGGAGAUGGGUGUGUUUGGUGCAUAUUUCAACGUGCUCAUCAAUCUGAAGGAUGUCACGGAUGAUAUGUUCAAGGACCAGGUCCGCCAGCGUGUCUCCAACCUCCUACAGGAAGCCAAGGCCCAGGCUGCUCUGGUGCUCGACCACCUGGAAACCCGGAAGGAGUGAUGGCUGUGACUUUGGUCCUGUGAUGACAGGGUGGGUGGCCUCUAGACACAGCUUGGGGCCCAGAGAAUAAAGAUGGAGGCUAACGAUAAGGGUGGGGUUGUGGGGUAGACAGGGCCUGUCCUGGAGGGCAGAGGUGCUCACAGGGUCACCCAGAAUGGUUUGGUCAUGUCGCUCUUGGUCACUUGCAGCCUCCAGUAAAUUCUCCAUAUCAAGCCUG